AUAAAAUGACUCUUACUUUCCUAUCCAUAUCCAUCCAUCAAUCUCAAUCUCAAUCCCAAUUCACAAUCUCCCCAAUGAUAAUGAAGAACCCUAAUAUGAUCAUCUUCUUCCUCCUUCUCCUCCUUUCACUCCUCUCCCCAUCCAUAUCCAUUUCCUCCCGCUGCAAUCCACAAGACAAGAAAACCCUUCUCAAAAUCAAGAAAUCCCUAGGCAAUCCAUACCACUUAGCUUCUUGGAAUCCCAAAGAAGAUUGCUGUACAUGGUACUGUCUAGAAUGCGAUGAAAUCACCAACCGAGUAAUCGAACUCACCAUUUUCCAAGGAAACAUCUCCGGCCAAAUCCCGGCCGCCGUCGGCGAUCUCCCAUACCUCCAAACCCUAAUCUUCAGAAAACUCACAAAUCUCACAGGAAACAUUCCCCAAUCCAUUACAAAACUAACCCAUCUCAAAAUGAUCCGUCUUAGCUGGACUAAUCUCUCCGGUCCAAUCCCAUCAUUCCUAAGCCAACUUAAAAAUCUAGAAUAUCUCGAUCUAUCUUUCAACGAUCUAACCGGUUCAAUACCACCAUCCCUCUCAAAUCUACCCAAUCUAGAAGCCCUCCAUCUAGACCGUAACAAGCUAACCGGUUCAAUCCCUGAUUCAUUUGGGAACUUCAAAGGAAGAUCAUUUUAUCUUUAUCUAUCACACAAUCAGUUAACUGGGUAUGUUCCAAAAUCUCUAGGGGAUUUAACUUACUCGUACCUUGAUUUAUCUCGUAACAAGCUUCAGGGAGAUGUUUCAUUCUUGUUUGGGUCUGGUAAUAAGCUUGAAGUGGUUGAUUUGUCGAGGAAUUUGUUUGAAUUCGAUCUGUCUAACGUUGUUUUCCCAGAUGACUUGAGGUGGUUUGAUAUAAAUCAUAAUAAGAUUUAUGGGAGUCUUCCGAAAGGACUUGCGUCUUUGGAAUUGCAGUUCUUUAAUGUAAGCUAUAAUCGGUUGUGUGGACCGAUUCCGAUCGGAGGCAGGAUGCAGAACUAUGAGACGACCGAGUAUUUUCAUAACCGAUGCUUAUGUGGUGCCCCAUUGCCGGCUUGUAAGUAAGAAAUGGUAAAACAGAGUAAUGAAUCUCUGUUUAUGGUUCAUGUUGGUUAAUUUAAAUAAGUGUGUUGUUUUGAAAUCGAGAAUCAAUAAAUAAAUCAAUGGAAGC